CAGAUCAUAUUCCUUUGUCUGCAUACUAGUUCUAUUGUUGGACGCGAUUAUAUCUGCUUAUAAAGAUAAAAAUAAGAAAGCAAAUAGAACGUAGUUUUCCUCUACUCUGUUGCAAUUGUGAAACCGUAUCCUACUUAAGCACUCCACAGGUUGAACUUGAUUCGUAGUAGUUGCAAUCGCAGCUAAAAAAUACUUAUUACAAUCUGCAGCUUUAUUCUUGGUUUUUAAAUACGCUGAAUAGUAAUGUCUGAUUCAGAGGAGGACGUACUUCAUGAGACCGUUGCUGAACUAGUACGUGAAUCUGAUAAAUUCCCGAAAAUAUGUCCUACCCAGAUACACUAUAACAUCGGCGGAUAUCGAGCAAGCACGGAGUUUCUUUCGAGUGCUGCUUUUCGAUUAGGGAUCAUCGCAGCUACUUUGUCUGCAAAAUUACAUUCACAACCAGUUGGAGUCAUGAUCACUGCUUCUCACACUUCACCUGGUGAGCAUGUUUUAAAAAUCGUGAACGUUUUGAGCAGUUAUGAUACACAAAAGUGGGAAGGCUAUUUAGAUCAAGUUGUAAAUGCUGAUUCCGCUGAUGAGCUUACGGUUUGUCUCUCCUCUAUCUUCAAAAAGUCUCAAAUGCCAGCCGAGAAAAAUGCUCAGGUAUUUGUAGCUUAUGAUACUAGAACAUCUUCAAAACAUUUAGUAGAACCUGUUAUGGCUGCUGCUAAGGUGCUAAAAGCACGAUGCGUAGAUUAUCAUGUUCUCAGUACUCCACAGUUACACUAUCUCGUGAAAUCUACUCCUGUCUAUAAUACCGCCGAUAGUAUUGGUGUACCUACAGAGGAAGGUUAUUUUCACAGGCUCUCUGAGGCCUUUCAUUCCUUGAUGGCUUCUAAACAUGUGUGCCCGUCAGUCGUCGUUGAUGCUGCGAAUGGAGUUGGUGCAGUCAAGCUGAAAAAGCUAUUAAAAGAGAUUAAUCAAGACUUCCUACAAGUAGAAAUUGUAAACGAUCAUACAGAUUGCUCCUCGGAAUUGACUACCACGAGUGGUAUUGAUUACGUCCUAAACCAACAGAGACCUCCUUCUAACAUUUCUGUGCAGAAAGACGUAAGAUACGUUUCGUUUGAUGCCGACGCUGAUCGACUUUUGUACUAUUAUAAUGGUUCUCAUAGUUUUCAUAUUCUAGAUGGAGACAAAAUUGCCUCAUUGUUUGCUCUUUACUUAUUAGACUUGAUUCGUGCAGCCGGUUUACAGUUGCAGGUUGGGCUUGUACAGACAGCUUAUGCAAAUGGAGCUAGUACGUCUUAUGUUCAAAAAACAUUGAAAAUUCCGGUAACUUGUGUUUCCCCUGGUCUUAAGAAUUUGCAAUGGGCCGCUCAAGCAUAUGAUAUUGGGAUUUACUUCGAAGCUAACGGACACGGGUCGAUUUUGUUUUCUCCUUCUGCUUUGUCGGCUAUCAAUACCCACGAAGUUUUAUCUCCCGCUCAGUUUAAUGCUAUAAAAGCCCUUAAGUCGGUAAUUCAACUUGUAAACCCUGCUUGCGGUGAUGCCCUAGCUAAUAUGCUACUGGUUGAAGUAAUCCUGGCAUAUAAAAAUUUCUUUUUAAGGGAAUGGAAUCAUAUAUUUGCUGAAAUUCCUAGUCGCUUAAUAAAGUGCGAUGUUCCUGAUCGCUCCAUAUACACAACGACGGAUGCAGAACGCAAGCUGAUAACUCCUGAAGGAUUACAGCAAAAAAUAGACGCAUUGGUUGCAAAAUAUACCAACGGAAGAGCUUUUGUGAGACCUUCCGACACAGAGAAUGCUAUACGUGUAUAUGCUGAAGCUAGUACCCGAAGUGAGUCAGAGGAUUUGGCUCUCCGAAUUGUUGAGCUCCUUCAAUAGCUGCAAGUAAAGUUUAAAGGAAAUUUGUUUCCUAUCAUUUAUGGUUUAUGAUUAAUGGAUUGUGAAAAUGCAAAACGAUGUCGAAAUUACUGAAUGCAGGAUCAUAUGAAUUUGUGUUUUCGUAUUAAUAAUUGUUUUUAAUAUAUAAUUUAUUCGUUAGGAUAUGGCGAGUGUAGUUAAUCUAAAUAAGUAGCAAUAUUGAUUGGCUGUUUGUUUGUUUGUUUGUUUGUUUACAUUUUGCGUGUCGCUGAUACAGCCACGACUUGUGACACCGAAU